GUGUGGUCUUCUCGUCAUCUUCGGCACAGGCCACGGCUUCGCCCUUGCUUCUGCAGCAGCAGGGCCUCUCCUUGGCUCAGAGUGCUUUGGAUGCAGGUCGUUUGGAUUUUGACACGUGCUUGGCAUUGCUUGAGGAUGUUUUGCAGCCGUCCUCCCCCACUUACUUCAACUUCGGAGCAUGCCCUUCGCUUAAGUCAGGUACUUGCUCUCUUUACUCCUGCUCAGAGGGCCAAGCCGACUUGAUCAGAUUUGUCAACGCUCUUCUUUUGCGCUUCUUCCCGGAAGGUAGGUGGUCUUCCCUGUGGAUCAACUUCGACUGCAAGAAGCUUCCGCAUCGGGACAGCCAAAAUGCCUCAGGUUCAGAUAACUUUACCUUCUCCUUGUGGGAGUUUCAGGGUGGGGGUCUCUGGCUUGAGGAAGCUGCCCUGUCGUCUGGCACUGCCGCUUUGGUUCCUCCACCUUCAGCAGUGCCUGGCAUGCCUCACGCGUUAGGUCAGGUUGUUGAUACCAACCGGCGCCCUUGCUCAUUUGCUGCUUGCGCCCUGCAUGCGACUAUGCCCUGGCAAGGCCAUCGUUGGCUGGUGACAGCUUACACCUGUCAGCACCUCUCAAGCUUGUCUGCAUCUGCAUCAGCCAUUCUUCGGGGGUGGGGGUUUCCUCUGCCACCCUCGGUUUCCUCUCCUGUUGCCGUGCCAGCUUCAGCUGAAGCUCUUGUGGUCUCCAACGCUGCCGCUUCAGGUGCUCGCAUCUUCGUGGAUGUUUGCUGUGGCGCCACUCGCCCGUUGUGUGCCGCUUUUGAGGCCUUGCAUCUUCUAGUGCUUCCUGUCGAUAUUCUGCAGGACUCGCCGUUGGACGUCCUUUCAGAUGACGUCUUUGACUGCUUGAUCCGGCUUUGCUUCUCGGGUCAGGUGGGCCUCAUGCACGCGUCCCCUCCUUGCAAAGAGUACUCUCGUCUGAAGCUUAUGCCGGGGGGACCUAAAGCCAUCAGGUCCCGCGAGUUCCUGGGGGGGUUGCCCACAAAUACAGCUGAAAUGCAGUCACGGGUGCUUUCCAGUCGAGCUUUGCUUGAGAGAUGCGUGCAAUUACUCGAGUGCGCUUUUGAGGGUGGUGGCCACGGCGACUUGGAACAGCCAACUAAUGCCAUGAGCUGGUUGGAGGACUUUGUGCAAGCCUUCCUGCUUCGUGUACACGCAUACUGCAUCUCCACUCCAGCUUGCCGCUGGGAGUUGGAUGUUGCUAAAAGCUGGUUGUUCGCUUCUUCCACCUCGCUUCUCGCAUGCUUGGCAGCGAAGUGUGAACAUCCUCGUGGAUCGCAUGCAUCUAUUGCAGGUGUUCUUGACGCCUUUGGUGGCUUCGCUUCUCAACAGACAGCUGUCUAUCCUGAAGGGUUGUGUCAGGAGCUGUCAGGUCUUUUCUCGGCUGAAGAAGUUGCCCAUGCACGUUCCUUCUUUGCUGCUUGGCUUUUAGAGCACGGUUACUCCGGUCAAGUCUCCUGGGAAAUUCCUUCGGGCCAGCCCUACGCUUUGCAUGCUUUGGCAGCACUGAGCGCUUGUCUUAGGGACAGAGACUCUGCUUUGUUCCCCGCUUUGCUUGCCGGGGUCCCGACUGGUUUCGACUCGGAUAUCCCUGCCAGUGGGUGUCUUCUUCCUGCUCCGCCCUCAGAACAUGCCUUUGCUUUGGAUCUUGCCAUCUGCCAAGGCAACUGGCAAGGCGCGGAGUCGGACCCAGCCAGUUUGCAAGAGCUCAUCCAAGCAGAGGAGGAUGCUGGCUUCGUGCGUGAGUUUCCAUCUUUGGAAGCCGCUCAAGCCCACUUCGGUGCAAGCCGUGUUGCAGUAGGCCGGGUGAACAUAGUUCACGCACCCGGGAAGAAACCCCGCUUGGUAGUAGAUUCUUCGGUUUGCCACACAAAUCAAGCAUGCAGAGUGCCUGAAAAGUCUUGUCUUCCUUCUUUGGGUGACAUACGCUCUGCUUUUCCUCUGCGAGAGGACAUUGAAGAAGUUUCCGCCUUUUCUGCAGACAUUCGUUCCGCCCACAAAACGGUCAGAAUUCGUGAGACGGACCAGGGCCUCUUAGGCUUUCGCCAGCAGGAGCGAUUGCUUUUCUACCAGGUGGCCCCCUUUGGCGCGGUGUUCUCCAGUCACUGGUUUGCCAGGGUGGGCGGUUUCUUUGUCAGAGUUCCGCGCCAGCUUGUUUUUCUUGCUCACGUGCUCAUGCUCUACUCAGAUGACUUGCUGCUUUGGCAAAACCGCAAAGUUCUGCCCUUGGGAGCUUCUGUGGUGCUGUGCUUCUUUGCCUGGUUCGGCAUUCCCAUCAGUUGGCCCAAACUGCAGAUGGGCCGCAAGAUCACCUGGAUAGGCUGGGAGCUCAACUUCUCAGCCGGGGGGCUCCGUCUCCCAAAGGACAAGCGUGAGAAAGCCAUUGCUCUUCUGGAGGCCUGUUUCUCAAGCCGUCACGUCUCUAAGAAGCAUCUCGACAAAGUCUUAGGCCUCAUGCAGUGGAUUCUGCAAUGUGCGCCGGAGCUUAGGCCAUGGCUUUGCUGUUUGUAUGAUGACAUGCAUCGCCCCUUGGGCACAGCGUACAGCGUCGACCCUUCCGAGUGGCCGUGCUUGCCUGCUCACCUCUUGGACACUCUUCGCUUCGUCAGCACGCCACGGGGCACCAGCAUACCCGUUGGGUCCACCCUACUUUCCGCUAGACACACUGAGGUCAAGUGCAAAGCAGACCUUCGUCUUGUGCCUAUUUCCUCUCGUCGAAUUUGGCUUCGGGUGGCCGAUCCUUCCUCUUCCAGACGCAAGUUGUCCGAGCCCAGCCGAGAGAUGCUGCAAUUUCUGCUUUGGUGGUGCAAGCACCCUUGGCCGUGGCGCCCGUUGGCCUUGCCACCUGUUCUUCCCUUUGAAAGCGCAGCAGAUGCCUUUGGGGAGGGCAGUGCAUGUGGCGUCGGCGGCUGGCUGCGUGUUGGAGCAAACCAGUGCUUCUGGUUCUCAGAGCGCUUCACGCCUGCAGACUUCCGUUCCUUGGGCAUUCCAGUCAAGGAUGAUGCCAACCUUGACAUCUCCUCUUACGAGACGCUAGCCCAGGGAUUCCUCUUAGUCCUGUUGCUUCGGACCGUUAGCGGCGGCCGUCUUCGAGUUAGACUCCCUGCACUUAGCGAUAAUGUAGGGGCUGAAAGUGUCAUCAACCGCCUUUACACCAGCAAGCAGCCUCUUGCUUUGUUCGUGCAGCGCCUUGCCAUGUGGGCGUGCGCGCAUGCAGUCUCCCUUGCCUGCUCUCACAUUGCAGGCGAGAAGAAUGUUGAAGCUGAUGCCCUGAGCCGUUGGGAUGAGUCAUGCCCCAUACCUCACGGCUUUGCUGAUGCUGCUCGUGUACGCAUCUCCUUGCUUUCCUUUUGGCAGGUCCACCUUCAGCCCCAGCUUUUGCCAGGCGACACUUUCUUGCAGUGGGCCCUUCCCCAGCAAUCAGGCCCUUGGCACUGA